AUGAAAGUAAACCGGCAAAAAUCCUCUCUUAAUAAAAAUUAUACAGUUCAACAAGAUGGCCAAGCACAAAUACUUAUAACAAGCCCAUAUUUUAAGGAUAAAAGCCAUGUUGUUUCAACUUCCAAUCAUUCAAAAAAUGCCAAAUUCCCACGACGAAAAAUUCAGAAAAAAAGCGCUAGCCUUAAAACAGGCAAAGUAUCACGUUAUUUUCGCGCUUCGAAACGUGGAUCUAGUGGAAAUAGUGAUAGCUUAACCGAGAAGGUAAAAAAGAUUAAACAAAAUGAAGAUCAAAAUCGAAAUCAAAGGGAAAAGAAUCACUUAAAACAUUGCAAUAAUCAAGAUGAUAAUGAUUAUGAGAUGCAGCAAGUGACAUUACCAGCAUCUGUAGAGUCUAAAGCCGAGAAUGAAAAUACUUGUAUCGUGAGUCUAGACGAGGAUGCAAACAUUAGGCAAAAUAAAGGGUACCAUAAUGUUCAAGAAUUUACAACAGAUGAGAAGACAUUUACUAGCCCAGUACAACAAGAAUGGAUACCGAAAUUUAUUCCCAUGCAAUCACCCUUUAACCUUGUGCAAGAAUCAUUGUAUUAUGAUCCCUGGAAGCAUCUAAUUGCUACAAUGUUUCUAAAUCGUACAAAAGGCACACAAGCGCUCCCAUUACUUUGGAAAUUUCUGGAUGAAUAUCCAUCGGCAGAGAAGGCUGUUCAAGCAGAUGUCGAAAAGUUAACGGCAUUUUUGAGACCGCUUGGAUUACAUAACACACGAGCAAAUCGAAUUAUAAGGUUCUCACAAUCCUAUCUCAAGAACCCAAAUUUUACUACACCUCGCGAAUUAUUCGGUAUGGGGAAAUACGCUGAAGAUAGUUGGCGAUUAUUUUGUGGUGAACGAGAUGACGCAUGGAAAGUGGACAGUGGAUUUGAACCAGAAGAUAAAGUCAUAAGAAUGUAUAUAAGUUGGCGGCGUCAAAUGGAUGAAUUGGGUUUUGGUAGGAAAAAAGAAAAUCCACGAUCAACAUUAUCGCUAUAG